CGUUCGUUGCCCGAAAGACUUUGUUGGAGAGUCCGACGUCAUUAAUGUGGUCUGUCUGGACACCGGUGCGCGAGGCUCUGCUCGUCCACGGUGGUUAAUUGCCUCCGCCUACCCGCUGGCAACUUGUCAGUGAUUUGUCCUUUGAGUGUUGUUGGUAUUCCAACACGGCCAGUCAGCCGUCUGCUUGCCGUCGGGACGACGCCGCCGGGUCGAGGCUACCUACGGCUUUUAUGAAUGACUAGCGAGGCGGGGGAAUGCCAGUUAGCGAGACCGGGCUCCAGUGGGACCAGCCGCCGAUGAGAGCGAUUAACGGCGGAGCGGAGCCGUGGCUCACUGCGGAAAAAGGCGAGCCUGACUGCCGCAGACUGGCGUGGAAACGCACCGUGAGAGGGACACGCUCCACAGCGUAGAGCAACGACGGCACCGUGAACGCAAUGUCCAUUCACAUUGUGGCUCUGGGGAGCGAGUGCCCGGGUGGUGUCGGGCCAGGGGAAGAGAUAAUGGGCCAGGGCCAGCUGCAGGGAGGUCUGCUGUGGAGCUAUUUGGGCCACGGGGCGCUUGUGGGUCCCAGUGACCUGGAGAGGAGCCUGCAUAAUCCAGCCUUCAUGGAAUACACCUCACGUGUCUUUGGAGAUGUCACCAUCGUGGUCCAGGACUGUCCCAGCUGGGACUUGUUGGACAGCGACUGGGCCAGCGUACGUAAGGUGCUUGAGCAGGCGGACAUUCUGGUCAUCAAGUAUUCGGUGACCGACAAGCUGGCCUUCCAGCAGGUUAGGAAUGGAUAUGCUCCAAGACUCCGCCCACUUCUUAGGCACUGGGGCGUGCCUGUCAUCUUGGUGGCAGUUGGCGCGAGGCUAAACGACGAGGGCCCUCCCUGUACAUGCCCGCUGUGCGCGUCUGACUGGAGCAGCUGCGUGCCUCACAGUGAAGGUCUGCAGCUGUCCCGGGACCUUGGGGCCACCUACCUGGAGUUACCCUCGCUUAACCAUGUGUUCGUGGGUCGCUACUUUGGCAGCGUGCUGGAGUACUUCAUGAUUCAGUGUCUGAAACACAAAGCCAAAGAGAAGCCAGAAAAGAGGCGAGGAAAUAAAGUCAACGAGCUUCGCCCGCCUCACCUGGAGCAACCAGCUUGUCUUCCUCCAAUUCGAGUGGAGGAGUCCAGCUUCUCGCAAGACAUGCAGUGGUUGUUGGAACGCGGCGUGCAGUUUGCCGACGUGGCCUUCUACGCCGGCGACUCUGGGAAAGAACUCGGGUGGGCUCACGCCUCGGUGCUCUGCGCCGUCAGCCCGUAUUUCCGACAGCUGCUCCUGGGGCCCAAGACCAGGGAGCGGCCGCAGUCACGAUGCGUCUGCCGGGAGAGGGAUGCGGCCCCUCACUCGUUACUCUCCACCUGGGACGGUGCAAUAAUUGACGACAUGCCUCGAUCUGAGGGACACCUGGCCGGUCGCCUCUCUCGUCUGGUGGUGAAGGACCCUCUCUUGUGUAUGUGCUUAUGGGAGACUCUCAUGUUCAUUUACAGAGGCGCGUGGGAGUGGGAGCACCUGCAGGAGGCCUUGGAAGAGAAACUGAAGAACUCGCUUGCAGUGGCUCAGCUCAUGGAGCGCAUACGAUCGCUUAUCGGCAGAGACAGGGGCACCAGAGACACCCCAAGCGCACGCGCGGCCCAGCUCGGCCCCCAGACUCUCGUCAACCUCUUCAAUUCCCCUCUUUAUUCGGACGUCAUCUUCAUGGUGCAGGGGAGCGUAUUGCCAGCACAUCGAGCAGUGCUGGUGGCGCGCUGUGACGUCAUGGCGGCCAUGUUUAGUGGCAAGUACGCGGAGGCCCGGAGUCGAGUGGUGCCCAUCCACGGGGUUUCGUCCGACACCUUCCUGUCGUUCCUGGAGUACCUCUACACGGACUCUUGUUGUCCCGCCAGCGUGUUGCAGGCCAUGGCCGUGCUGGUGUGUGCGGAGAUGUACCAGGUGAAACGGCUGCAGCAUCUGUGCGAGGUGUGCGUCUGCGCUUACCUGCAGAGCAUGCCCAGCAGAGAGCUGGCGUCAACUGGCAUCAGCGUGAUCCGACUCCUCCGACGGGCAAAGUGUCACAACGCCGAGCAGCUGUAUGUGUGGCUCCUCCACUUCAUUGCCAACAACUACCUGAUCUUCAGCCACAAGCCUGACUUUUUGGAGCUUUCAGAAGAGGAGCGAGAGCAGGUGGAGAGGCUUCGAUGGCCAUCCAGGGGGUAUCUGCAGGAGCUCAGCGAGUACCAGCAACGGCGACGCAAAUUACGCAAGUCUCGCUGCACGGUCAUGUGACGUCACCUGGAUGCAUAGAAAGGUCGAUCAACAUGAAGAAGAAAGAAAAAAAAUGAACACAUUUGCAAAGGGGCUGGCAAAUUCCUGGAAAGUUUCCAAGGGAAGUUAAACUGGGGGAAUGUUGGAAAUACUCAAAAUUGGAAACUUUCAAUGGGAAUUCCUUUGAAUUGAUGGGAAUUUAAUAGUAAGGGAACGUUUUGUUUUGGCGUGAGCAGACAUCCGUGCAUUACGGUAGCACCAUUGCUCUGUUUUUCUUCACUCAAGUGGCGAACUAUCUGAGGCUUGAAUUUUGGCUCAAAACACAAAUGGGGGGGGGAGAAAACAACCCAAGCGACAAAAAAAGAACCCUCCAUCAUACCUAAAUGAAAUCUUAUGUUAAUCAGGAUAAUGCUAAAAUACAUUUCCCCCCCAACUAUAUUUCAGUUCCAAUGUAUUAAAUUCCUCAUAAAUUCCCAUGCAAAGCUCCCAACUUUGAAAAAUCCCACCAUUUUGCAACCCUAUUAACCACCAAGGCAUGACGCUUUCUGUCGUCAUUCCACUUAGGCCAACAUAAAAACGACUGAUGCCUAAACACCGGUAUGCAUAUAAAACAACUGCACCGUGGAAGAUUCAAUUUCAGGUUGGCAGAUGUGGUCUUUAUGACUCUGAAAACUGUGACAUCGAAUGGCUCCAUCCCGUGGACAGCCAACCAUCAGGAUCAUGUGCUUGCCCCUUCAAAAUGGUCGCGGGUAUUGCCGGACAAGCGGGAGAAGGCCUGCGUGGUUUCUUUUUCUACUUGGCACCUGCCCUGUCAGGAUGUGUGGCUCCCCUGUAGUGGACACGAUUAAAUUAUUUGCAUAUCAUGCCUCUAGUGGACAUAGAGCAUCAUUUGAAUUUCAUUUGGUAAGGCACUGAACAAAGUUGGGGUUGGUUCGCUCUCAUAAGCUAAUAGGAGGCACAACCAUUUUUUAACGACAAUUUAUGGUGUUCCUAAUCAUUGAAUUCUUCCCAAUCUAUAGGAGUAAGAGAUGUGAUUAUUACAUGACAUCGCAUUCAUUCAGCUUGUAGUCUGUGUCAGACGUGGACAUUUCAAAUUGGCUGAAAAUUAAAUCAUCUAAUGGACGAAACAUUUGAGUGCCGCAUACAUCGCAUCCAGGAUGGCAAUAGAUGGGCAAUAACUUUGGUCACGCUUGCAUGACAUGCAGUAUGACGAUUUCGGGGAAAGAUUCACAUCCACAUAUCUGUUGCUACAUUAAAAAAAUCACAAUGCCUCUGGUUCGAUACACAAUUUAUUGUACCAGUUUCUACUUUAAAUUAUGAUUAUUUGGUGCUGCAAUUAUUUUUGUAAAAUCCACUUUUUUUUAUAUUCCAACAGUAUUUUUUGUUUUUUAACUGUACUGUACAACACUGAUGAUUUUCAUAAAAGCUUUAAUUAUCAUUCUUGAUUAAACAAUAUUUGCUGUGCA